AUGGACCUGAUCCCAAGCUUUUCCACCGAGACCUGGAUUUUUCUGGUCACCAGCCUAGUGCUCCUCUACCUAUAUGGAACUUAUUCACAUAAUGUUCUAAAGAAGCUCAGGAUUCCUGGGCCUAAGCCUCUGCCUUUUGUGGGAAGUAUUCUGGCCUACCGAAAGGGUGUAUGGGAUUUUGACAUGAAAUGUUCUAAAAAGUAUGGAAAAUUGUGGGGGUUUUAUGAUGGUCAAUUGCCUGUAAUAGCCAUCACAGAUCCAGGCAUGAUCAAGACAGUACUGGUGAAAGAAUGUUACUCCAACUUUACAAACAGGAGGAUUAUUGGUCCAUUGGGAUUUAUGAAAUCUGCCGUUUCCUUGUCCAAGGAUGAAGAAUGGAAGAGAAUACGAACAUUGCUGUCUCCAUCCUUCACUAGUGGAAAACUCAAGGAGAUGUUCUGCAUCAUCGGCCAGUACGGAGACAUGUUAGUGAAGCAUCUGAGAGAGGAAGCACAGAAAGGCAAGCCAGUCACAUUGAAAAGCAUCUUCGGGGCUUAUAGCAUGGAUGUGAUCACUAGCACGUCAUUUGGAGUGAACAUCGAUUCCCUCAACAACCCACAAGAUCCCCUUCUGCAAAACGUCAGGAAGCUCUUAAAAUUUGAUUUUUUCGACCCAUUGCUUUUCACAACAACACUCUUUCCAUUCCUUACUUCAGUUUGUGAAGCAUUAAGUAUUUCUCUUUUUCCAAGAGCUGCUACUAAUUUUGUCAAAAAAUCUGUACAAAGAAUGAAAGAAAGCCGCCUUAAAGAUAAUCAAAAGGUAAGAAUGAGCUUACUUAACCUGGCUGUUAACCUAAAGGUCAGCUGUGACUCAUCACCUCACAAGGCUUUGACUGAUAUGGAGCUUGUAGCCCAAUCAAUUAUCUUUAUUUCUGCUGGCUAUGAGUCCACUAGCACUGCUCUUUCCUUCCUUAUGUAUUUAAUGGCCACCCACCCUGAUAUUCAGCAGAAACUGCAGAAAGAGAUUGAUGCAACUUUUCCUAAUAAGGCAACUCCCACAUAUGAUGCUGUGUUACAGAUGGAAUAUCUUGACAUGGUGGUGAAAGAAACACUCAGAUUAUACCCAAUCACUGCCAGACUUGAGAGGAUCUGUAAAAAUGAUGCUGAAAUCAAUGGAGUGAUCAUUCCCAAAGGGACAUUGGUGAUGAUACCAAUCUUUGCUCUUCAACGAGACCCAGAACACUGGCCAGAGCCUGAGAAGUUCCUCCCUGAAAGAUUCAGUAGGGAGAACAAGGACAAUGUCGAUCCUUACUUAUAUAUGCCCUUUGGAAGUGGACCCCGAAACUGCAUCGGCAUGAGGUUUGCACUGAUGAACAUGAAACUUGCUGUCACCAGAAUUCUGCAGGAGUUCUCCAUCAAACCUUGUAAGGAAACACAGAUCCCCUUAAAAUUAGGCAGGAAACUAAUUAUCGCACCGGAAGGACCCAUUGUGGUAAUGUUUGAGUCAAGAGUUGGAAAUGUAACUGGAGCCUGA